AUGACUGGAUCGGGACCAUCAGUCCAGGACACGACAGAGCCGUUCGUUGGCGCGGGGGGGCCGGUUGGGAUUGUCGGAACUUGGGUUGGACAUGAUGGCCAGUCGCGUCUUACGAAGGAGUCGCAGGACCCAUUGCUCUUCCUCAAGGAUCGUGCCCCUACGCCGAAGCGACUGCAGAACCUCCUGCGCGUGGUGGAUGGCGUGUUGAAUGCCCCACGUCAGCCAGCCUCCUUCUACCGAAACCUCUGGUCAACACACAGCCACUGCAUUUUCAGCGACGCCGACCCGGCUCAGACGCGCAUCGCCCGCCUCCUGACGGGCAUCAAGCAUAUUGACCAGGAAAGCCAGCGCUUCGAGAGCGCCGGCCGGAUCUCCUUGGUUUUCCUGGCGCACGACAUCGAGGUUGUCAAAGAUCAGGACUUGAUUAUGGCGCCCGGGCAGACCCGGCAGAACGUCGCGGUGCUCUCCAUAGCGCAGCAGCUACGUGUGGACUGCAACGAGAUUAAGAAUAAAUGGAGACGCGGCCGGAACUACAUAAAACUGCUUGAGAGGUGUGGGCCUGCUUCUUUGCUUGAGCUGGGCACCGGAGUGAAUUGGUACUGGGAGAAGGCUCUCACAAAAGAAGAUGUGGAUAUCUUCAUAGAGUUCUUCGAGGCCAAACUACCCCAUCUCUCUUCGCGUGUCAAAGAGCUGAACGAGGCUGCGGGCAACAUGUUCGUUGAUGGCAUGCUCGCAUAUGGAUGGACGCUAGAAAGCCUAUUUGGGACAAACUCGCGCCUGUGUCAGGCGCUGGCAUUGCACUGCCCAGGGCUCUUCCGGACACCGCCGAGGCCAUUCCAGGAUCCUAGGACGUGGGAAUCGCUCAAGACCACGGAUGGGUCAAGGGGCUUAGUUUUAGACGUCACGACCAGCAAAGAACAUGCUCGGCCCAAUGAAUUCACGGACCUGGCCGAGCAUCCCAUCGAACAGCUGUCGAGGUUCUAUAUCAAUGCCAACCCAAAACAGUCUCCGGAUCAAGUUUACCGCUGCCUCCGUGACGAGCUCGACCAGGACCACAGCCCGCACUUCAACCUUGCCACCUUCAACUCCACCUACAUGGAACCCAUUGUGGCCCGUCUGAUGACGGAGAACCUAGCCAAAAACCUCGUGGACCCCCGGGCCUAUCCGGCCGUCGCGCGGAUUGAGCAGCGCUGUCUUCACAUCCUCGCCGACCUAUACCACAUGCCUCGGCACGCGGCCGCCGAGGUGGUGGGCGUGAGUACGGUGGGCAGCUCAGAGGCCAUCAUGCUGGCCGUUCUGGCCCUGCGGGAGCGAUGGGCACGAAAUUCAACGGCGUGGCCGGGCGAUGACAAGAUGGGGAAGGUGCGGCCCAACAUCAUCAUCACCUCAGCUGCCCAUGUCUGUUGGGCGAAAGCCGGGCAGUAUUUCGGCUUGGAUGUCAUCUCGGUACUGUGCUCCGACGGCAGGUUCGUGCUGGAUCCGGCAAGGGCGGUCGACCUCGUCGAUGAGGGCACCAUCGGCACGACGUAUACUGGCGAAUACGAGGACGUUGCUGAACUCAAUCGUCUCCUUAUUGAACGCGGCCUUGACGUUCCGAUCCAUGUCGACGCCGCCAGCGGGGGCUUUGUGGUGUCCAUCAACGUAUCCGGCCACAAGUACGGCCUGGUCUACCCGGGCGUGGGAUGGGCGCUGGGGCGUUCGGCCGCCCAUCUCCCCCGCGACCUCGUGUUUCAGCUCUCCUACCUAGGCCGGACGCAGGAGUCGUACACGCUGAACUUCUCGCGCGGCUCGUCGCACGUCCUCGCGCAGUACUACCAGUUUGUCCGCCUGGGCCGCGCUGGCUACCGCCGAGUCCUCGAGGGCAUCGGCCGCGUGGCCACCCGGCUCGCGGCUCACCUGCGCGCGCUCGGGCUCCUCGUCCUGAGCCGGGCGCCAGGGUGUGGCGGCGUGCCCAUCGUGGCCUUCCGGCUAGAUCAGACGUGGGCGCCUCGCUUCGACUCGUACGCGCUCUCGGCGGAGCUGGAAAAACGAGGCUGGCUGGUGCCGGCUUACGCCAUGGCCGACGGCGCCCAGGACAUCACGCUCCUGAGGGUCGUAUGCAGGGUCGACUUCACGCCGCAGCUAUGCGACCGGUUCGCGGACGAGCUGCGUGCCGCCCUGAGGCACCUCCUUGCGGUGUUGCCCGGACGCCAUACGAUCGACGGUGAUUGUGUGGAGCCAAGGAGCUGA